AUGGAACAAAAUAUUAGGUUUAUAUUUUUUAUCAACAUUUUUGUGUUUAUCCUUUUAAUUUGGUUCUGUCAUUAUUACAGUGACAUGAGAACAUUUGUCAAAUUUAUGAACCAUAAAUAUGGUUUUGAUAGAAAUUUAGAUACACAAAUUUAUCGCUUAUUAGGAACUCAUAUAGAGGAUAUUUAUCCGUAUGUUGGAGAUUUAGAAUUAAAGAUACCAUAUAAUACAAAAAAAAAAAGAGAAAAAUUACCUACAGUUGAUUAUGAAAAAUGGGACAAAGAAAAAAACGAAAAAUUAUAUAGAUGUUCACUAAUUAAGGAGAAAUUGAUUAAGGAACUUAUGAAAAAUAAAUGUACCAUAGUUCAUAAAUCAUAUAAUCAUUAUGAUAAAAAAAUAAUGAAUGGACUGAAAGAUAUGGCUUUUUUUAAAAAAAUAAUGUUAAUCAAUGAUAAGGAUUACAAAAAAUUAAAACGUAAAAAAUACAGAUUACGACUUUACUCACUCUUAAUAUUGUUUAUAUUGGUAUUAAUUAUACCUAUAUUAGAUUUAUCAUUAGGGAAAUUUGAAACUACGGGUAACUUGUUAUUGAAAUUAUGUGAGUUAUCAGGGAAUAGUGCGGAAGCCAUUGCAUCUGGUCAAGCUCCUCAGGAGGCUUUGCCUGCUUUAUGGUUCACUACAUGUCAAGUGAAGAAUUAUGUAGGAUUUAAAAUAUUUAGUAUUCUAAUAUAUUGUUUACCUAUCUUAAUAUUGGGUAUUAUUCUUAUACGAGGAAUUCAUUAUUAUUAUAAAAAUGUCAUAAAACAUAAAAAAAUUAGAUUCUUGGAAGCCUUCAAUGAAUGGUAA